UUAGAGGGUUAGCACUGAUCUGAUACCCAGAGGCAGCUUUAUCAGAGCAAGCGUCACAUCUCUAUUUGACAAUAAUGGCCAAACAUGACAUGUGUGAUCAUGUUUAUGAUAACACCAAAUGGAUGAAAAAGAACAUAUGUGAGGACAGGAGGGCUGGUACCAAGAAGAAAAGUUAUAUCUUCGUCGUGGUUCUAUUUGUUCUCUUACUAUCUCUUUUGACUAAUGCAGCGCUAGGAUCCUGGUAUUUCAUGAAGGAAACUAGUACAUUUUGGCACUGUGCACCAGUAAGAAACUGCUCAAAUUCAGAAGGUAAUCCAAGUUGCAAAUAUGAGGAGAAGGAAUUAUUAAACUACUGCCCAGAUUUGCCAGAGCAGUGGGUAAAAGGCAACGGCAGUUUCUAUGUUUUCUCCAGCUUUAACCUGACCUGGAACAUCAGCAGAAAACACUGUAAGAAACAUGGAGGAGAUCUGGUCAUCAUCAACAACACGGAUAAAAAGGCAUUUCUGGCUAAUAGAAUAUGCAUGACUGGAGAAUCUUAUCUUUACUGGACUGGCAACCGUGGGGGGAACUGGGAAGGACAGGAACAAGUCAACUGUGACACACUUAAAGGAAAUAAACAAGGGGAUGCAUCUUGCCAUAGGGAAGAGAGAAGCAUUUGUGAGAUUCCAUGCCUCUGAUUUAAAAAUAUGACUGAUUCAUUUUAUGUUGUUAAUCGUAAAAUCAUCAUAAGAUGUUACUGCACUAUAGUAAAUGUAUAUAUGAAUAUAUAUAUAUGAAUGCAUUUGCUAUAAUGUGAUAAUUUUUUUAAAUGUGCACUAUUCUUUAUUUUACUUCAUUUUUUCCCUUCAUAAUUGUGGAUAUGAGUUACAAUGGGCAGAAUAUUGCGACCAUUUCUAUAAUGUUUCAUUAACUGUCCACCCCAAAUAAAGACCCAGUCGGUCAUUUGUACAAGCA